AUGACGGUCGUAUCCGCAUCAAAAGAGGCUAGAGCUACGGCUUCGGCUGCAGGUAUCGUCGAGCGUGCGGACACACAGCAAAGGGUGAUACCUGAGUCGAGGAGAGCAGAUGGUUCAACACGGAAGGAACGAAAAGUCAGGCCUGGCUUUACGCCAGUCGAGGAUGUGGUGCGCUACCGACCAGCGCGGGCAAGAGAGGCGGAAGAAGCACGCAAGAGAGGCAUUCCGGGCAGUGCGGAAUCAGCGACAGCUUUAUCGUCCAGCUCGUCUUCCUCGUGGGCACCAGCUUCUUCAACCCGCACUCCAGUCUCUGAAAAGCCUGACUCAGAUCGAGCGACAUUGCAGUCGAAUGCAACAAGGUCACCGGCGGCUUCCGACGGUAAGAAUAUCGGACAGCAGGCAAGGGGCAACUUUGCCCCGCUUGAACCUCCCAAACAGCCAAGAGGCGAGAGACCCCCGGCGACGACGACAACCUCGCCCGGCACUUCCGAACGUCCGUCUGCUGGUACGAAAGCGUGGCAGAACUCGCGGCUGCGCAAGCUACAGUCAUCAAAGCUCAGUCCAGACCCGGCACAGGCUGUUACGGAGGCGUGGGAUCCAGAGCAAGCUGAACAGACAGGCUAUUCCGACAGGAAAGCACACGCGCAUAACGCACCUCCUGCUCGCGAGAAAGCUUCAACAGCAGCAGACGACCUGGCAUCUAAGCUCGACGGCCUGCGUAUUGAUAGCAGCAUGCGCUCCAAGGACGCCGAGCCGUAA